AUGCAUGCGACAAUAGCACGGCUGGUGAGGUCAUCAGUGACUGUUCUCGGAGCAGGUUCACAAGGUAGACGCCUGGCUUACAUGUGGUCAAGCAGAGGCAACGAUGUCCACUUGAUUGAUGGAAAACCAAGUCAACUCCAGGAGAGCGUUGAGAAUGUCAAUCAACUACGAUCUCAACUGGAUCCAAAUGGCAACUUUGGCAAAGUGCGUGCACAUUCGCCAGAUUUCAUGAGAGCUGCCCUGAGUGAAUCAUGGCUCGUGGUCGAGUGCGUUCCCGAACGCUUGCGCCUGAAGCAGGAGGUCAUGGCCCAACUUGAUGACUUGGCGCCAGAGGAAACAAUCAUUGCAUCCAAUUCUAGCAGCUACCCUUGUUCUGAACUUGUCUCUGGGCUAUCUCUGAAGAAUGCGAAACGAGUUUUGAGCGCCCAUACCUACUGGCCACCGGAAACUACAGUCAUUGAGAUCAUGGGGCACGAAUCGACUGAUCCAUCUCUGAUUCGAACCAUGAUGGAGCGAUGCGCUGCACAUGGAUUUUCGCCAUUUCAUGUGAGAAGAUCAUCAAUUGGAUACAUUUACAAUAGGCAAGUCAUUCAUGUGCGCGAUGGGCGUCAACGCGCGGAGGGCGCGGGUACACCAGAGGAAAUUGACGCCAUUUUUAAAGGCGUAUUGAAGACCGAAAAGGGUCCAUUUGAGCUUAUGGAUAUUGUCGGCCUCGACGUAGUGUUCGAUAUUGAGAAGCAUUAUGCUGCUGCGAGAAGAGAUAUCCCGGAACAGCCAAGAAGCUAUUUGGCCAGUUACCUUGAGAAGGGACAUCUCGGCGCGAAGAGUGGACGGGGGUUCUACAGAUAUGACAGCUCUCCAUCGAUGCAGCCAGCAAGUCAUCAGGAGAUUGCAUCUACUACAGCCGCAUGA